ACAUUUAUGUCGGUGUCAUUCAAUAAUCUAUAGAGUGCACAGAUAGGUCUUAAUAGAGAUAUAGUCAGGAUUUUUUUGAUGGUAUAGGGGUAUAGGGAUUGUUGCACAGGGUUAUUGUGAUAUUGCACUAGACAGGUUGCCUGCAUUUACUCGCCCACCGCCUAUGACGAUAUGGUGGCUAGCUGAAAGGGACCGCCGCACCGUUCAAUGCUGUGGAGGUUACUUGCAGUAGCCUACGGACUGGUGUGAUUAUACGUCCUGCCUUGCCAAAUCCUCGGUGAUACGCACUCAGCUCUUAGGGAGUUUUUUUUUUCCUACGAGAAAAACAUUGUCUGUCAAAACGUCACAUGUAGCCAGAAACGAUCGCUUCCUGCAUCGCGUUUUGUCUCCGGGAGUUUGGUUUAUCUCUGUAGUUCAUUUUUAUUUAUGAAUUGAUUUGAAGUCGCAGCAUCUUUUCUUCAUGACAUAUUUUUACCGCAAUGAUAAGCAAAGUUAAAAAUGCCGUGUCCACUCUGGUGGGAGGGAUAAUGCCGCACGGCCACCACCAUCACCACCAGCACGGCUCGGGCAACGUUCAGAACUGUGGGUCGGACGGUCUUCCUCCCCGCUUCCCCUAUUCUCGACCUGAGUUUUUGGACCUUACGCCGGAGCUACUGCAAUACUCCACAGAACAUGCAUCGAGGCCGGUCAUAACACCAAAGCGGGAUAGCAGGCUGUCGUGGCGGACGGGCUAUGCCGAGGUGAUAAAUGCUGGGAAAAGCAUGCUGAAUGAGGACCAGGCAUCAUGUGAGUUGUUGUACGUCAGGAAGAUCAGCGGCAAACAGCAGCAUCGCGCCUCCAUGAUGCUGGAUGACAGCGGGGAUACUACUGGCAUCCCUCUUCAUUACUGGGGGGUGUUUGACGGCCACGCCGGUUCUGGUGCCGCCAUCAUGGCAUCCAAACUCCUCCACCGCCUCAUCCGAGACCGCCUGUGUGACGUGGUGCACCUCAUGGAGAACCCCUCCACACCGCCCCCUAUCUGCCUGGCCAAGAAUGGCAGCCCUUACCAGGCGGACGUGAAGAAGGGCGCCGGCCCGGAGCCCGAGGAGCCGGACGCGCUGACCGACCCGUCCGCCCGCUUCCACAUGGAGAAGGUGAUCAGCAUCGAGGGCCUAAUCACCGGCAUCAUCGAGAACGCCUUCCGACAGAUGGACGACCUGAUAGAGAAAGAGAAGGCCUCGUACAGCAUAUCAGGAGGAUGCUGUGCCUUGGCUGCCCUCCACCUGAUGGGGAAACUCUACGUGGCAAACGCUGGCGACAGCAGGGCCAUAAUUAUCCGUAAUAACGAGGUCAUUCCCAUGUCCAAUGAGUUUACUCCAGAGUCGGAGAGACAACGCCUGCAGUACCUGGGCUUCCUGAAGCCGGAGCUUCUGGGAAAUGAAUUCACACACAUCGAGUUCCCUCGGCGGAUCCAGCACAAAGAGCUGGGCAAGAAGAUGCUUUUCAGGGACCACACAAUGACCGGCUGGGCUUACAAGACCAUUGUGGAAGAGGAUCUAAAAUUCCCACUGAUCUAUGGUGAAGGGAAAAAGGCGAGAGUCAUGGCCACUAUAGGAGUGACACGAGGGCUCGGGGAUCACGACCUGAAAGUGUACAACUCCAACAUCCACAUCAAACCCUUCCUGUCCUGCUGUCCUGAGGUGUUGAUGUACAAUCUGGCGGAGAACAAGCAUGGCCCUGAUGAUGUGCUGGUCAUGGGCACAGAUGGCUUGUGGGAUGUCACCACCGAUCGGGACGCUGCAGAUGCGGUGACAGCUUUCCUCUCAUGCUGCGAUCCCAGUGAUCCCAUGAGGUACACGAUGGCCGCCCAGGAUCUCCUGAUGCGCUCGCGUGGCAUCCUGAAGGAGAGGGGGUGGCGUCUGCCCAACGAGAGACUGGGCUCAGGGGAUGACAUCACAGUGUUUGUCAUCCCGUUAGCCGGAGCCGAGACAGAGACAUGACAGGGCUGCCGAGACGCUGGCCGCAGAGGACAAGACCGCCAGGACCGGGGCGGGGGCGGGGGCGGGGCGGGGAGGGGAGGGGAGGGGAGAGUCACAGCCCGCCACCCUCCCACCCUGCCCUACCUAAAAAUUAAAACAAAAAUUUAAAAAAGGUGUGGACGUUAACUCCCAUAUCCAUAAGGGCGCUUCAGGUGCAAGAGGGCCUUUUCUGCCUCCUUCUCGUUCCUGCCCACUUGCCCCAGCUCCACCUACGCCAUCCAUGACAUAUCAGCUGGUGGAAAACAUCACCAGCCCCCCCCCCCUCUCUCUUCUUUUUCAUCUUCUGGUUAUACAUUGCUCCAGCUCUAGGUGACUUGACAGGCUCUUUUUUUAAUCUGUAAAAACAGAGAAUCUGUGGCUACCUUUCAUCUAAAUGGAUCUAAUCAGAAAGAUUAUCAGGACUUGGUUCACUCUCAUAUGGCAGUACAAUAUUGUAUAUGGAUGGGAUGGGUGCACCCUCCGACACGGGUGCCGGGGAGUGUCUUACAGGUGUCUCAUGUGGGAGCUGACCAGUUGAUGAGCAGUAGGGGGAGAAGUGGUAAUGUAAAUGGACUCAAAAUUAAUCCCUUAUGACUGUUCAUGAGGAAGAGAGCUUUUUUUUUUUUUUUUUAAAUGGAAGCACUUUAUUUCUGGUUCAUCUGUGUACGUAGCAAGAUAUAUUCAUUCUGCAGUCAUGUCCAUGCUUGAUAGCUAGGUGACCCUGGCGUGGAUCUGGCCCGAUUUGGCACGGAUCAUUUCCAGAGAUACCUGCCAUCUAGGUAUCUAUGUGAAUGUUUUACCAACCUUACCCCCCCAAGUAUUGUGCCCACAUUUCUUGUGUGAAAUCAUCCAAAAUGAGCAAAUGAUUGGUAUGGAUUAAGAAAGUAUUAUUAUCAGGGAAUUGCCAUCUCCCAUAAAUACCAUAAUUAGAGGAUCAGUUUGGCUUACUGACUGACAAUCAAUAAAUGAUUGGAAGUAAAUACACCCAACCAUCAGCAAAUCUUCUGAAAGCCAGAAGGUCAUGCUGCUAAUAUUUUUGCCUACUCUUGGAUGAACCGUGGUUCCCUACCUCUCCUAAAUAGCCAUGUAGAAUGUAGUCAACAACUGAACAAACAAACGCAAUGGUGUGUUCUCCUUUUAAGUGUUCAUCUGAGCUUCGCGGCCGCACUUUUGCCCGGGCAUCUUCGCCAUCUCGCCGCCGCUGUAGAUUUUCCCUGUGUAGCUGGUAGGUGUUUUUAGAUGUAGUUUCACAGUAGAAGACUUGAACUCCAUAACACAAGCAGAUGAGUCGGCUUUGCUGAAGAGCUGACGCAAGGCUCCCUUACUGUGUGGAAAGCUUCGAAACGCGUUCGGUGAGAGAGGAGGUGUGUCUCUCUCCAUCAUGCAGAGCACAGAAAAUACAUCUACUACUCAUGAACAACAGGAGAUCACGGAGAGAGACUUUGGAGAAUGCUCUCUGUUCUAUGAGUUCGGUGCAUGGUGCGUAUGCGCACACUGUAGCCUACCACCCCCAUAGCAGAUUCAUUUUGUGCUGUAACAUGGCUUUAUUUCUCAAAUGACCUCUGUCCGUUGUGAUGUAUUGCUGUACAGUGUAAAUUUGGGCAAAAAUAAAACCUUUUGCUUUAUAAAA